AUGAGCUCAAACACUCACAAUGUUUUGAAGCCUCAUUCGAGUCCGGCAAAAAACAGAGUUAUGUUGAAUAACUCCUUUGAAAAUAAUAGAUCAAGUUCAUUUACCAUGGAUGACACGCCAUCUAAAUCACAUAAUCCAAAACGUGAUUAUAUCAAUUCAAACCCAAUUCAGGUCAUGAAUAACGAUGCAAUUCCUCGAAUUUUACCACCAUCACAUUUAUUAAUGGAGGAUGUAAUUGAUCCGGAUUUGGAAUUACAGAAUAAACUUGUUGAAAGCUCACCCAUAACUUCAAAAAUACAACCAAGUAAAUCAAUUUAUAGACAUGAGUUGCUAAACAACAAGAAUGUUUAUUCAAAUUUAGAUGAAAUGGUAAAAGCUAAUGAAGUUUUUAGGAAUAUUUAUGGUACAAGUCCAGUCACAGAAAGUUCAGUAAACUCAAUCAAUUUCAACGCUAGUACAAAUCAAGUUAAAUUAAAUUCAAGCCACAAAUCCAAAAACCAGUUCAAAAGAAAAAAACUUGAUCCUGAAUACUGUUUUAGCUCAAAUCUUACAACAUAUGAUGGUCAAUUAUUGUUGCAACAACCUCUUAACGAUAACGAAUUAAAUGAUAAUUUUCAGCUACCAAAUGCCAGUUAUUCAAAUUUCAUGAAUGAUUUCACAGGUACUUUGAAUGUUCCCGAACCAGAUGAAUUCGAAGAAGAACCUCAAGCACCCUUGGAUUUGGAAAGACAAAAAUUGAUGGAUUAUUAUGUACAACAACCUCAUCAAAAACUAAUAACUAAAACCGAAAUUAAAAAUAAUUUUGUUGAACAUAUUGUUGUUUUAAAAGUUCCAAAAUCAUUUUUAAAAACUAUAUCAACUGAUUUCAAUUUUGAUUUUAAAGUCCCAUAUUCAAAACCUGAGUUAAAUGAUUUAGAUGAUGUUCCAUUAAGUCAACUUUAUAAUGGGGGCCCCCAAACUUAUCAAAUACAACCAAAUUUUAAUAAUAAUUCUUCAAAUCAUGAUUUAAAAAAAUUAUAUCUUUCACCUCAAAAAUCAGGUUGUUGGACAUGUAGAGUUCGUCAUAAGAAAUGUACAAAUGAAAGACCUAAAUGUAAUGAUUGUUUGAAAUUUGAUUUAGAUUGUGAUAUAAGUGAGGAAAGACCUGAAUAUAUGAUUAAUCCAAUUUUACAAAAACGAAUGGUUAAAAAGAUUAGACAAAUGACUGAUUUAUAUAAAGCUCAACAUCGUCAUUAA